AUGAAUUCGGACGAAUAUGAACAGCUGCCGACGUCGAGUGUGCCGGCCAUCAUGACGGCCGGUGCGAUAGCGGGCGUGAUGGAGCACUGCGUCAUGUACCCGCUGGACUCGGUAAAAACCCGCAUGCAAUCGCUCACACACAUGAAGGCUCACGACACAAUCACGUCGACGCUGCGCGACAUGAUUAAGAACGAGGGCUUGAUGCGUCCGUUUCGGGGCGUGAUGGCGGUGGUCGCCGGUGCUGGACCGGCCCACGCACUCUACUUCGGUGCGUACGAGUGCUCGAAGGAAAUGAUCGCAACAAUUUCGGAUCGGGAUCAUCUGAACUAUAUGCUAUCGGCAACCGCGGCAACACUUGUGCACGAUGCCGUCUCCAACCCGGCGGAUGUGGUGAAGCAACGGCUACAAAUGUACAACUCACCGUACAGAUCGAUCCUGCACUGCGCCACCCAGGUAUACCGGACGGAGGGUUUGCGGGCGUUCUACCGGUCCUACUCGACGCAGCUCGUCAUGAACAUACCCUACUCGGCGAUCCAGUUCCCGACGUACGAGUUCUUCCAGAAGCUGCUCAAUAAAGACAAUAAAUACAACCCCCCUGUACAUAUGGUGGCGGGUGGGGCGGCCGGAGCAGCCGCAUCCGCCCUUACCACCCCGCUCGAUGUUUGCAAGACGCUGCUGAACACGCAGGAGGAUGGUGCCGGUAAAACGCGGGGGCUCGUAGAGGCGGCGAAGAAAAUUUAUCACACGGCCGGCAUGAUGGGCUUCUUCAAGGGGAUGCAAGCGCGCGUACUGUACCAGAUGCCGGCCACCGCGAUCUGCUGGUCCACGUACGAAUUCUUCAAGUACAUCCUUUCGCGCGUGAAGAAACCGAUUGCCGCUGGAUCGACGGGCGGCGGAAGCACACGGGCGUUAGCUGUCGCGGACGACGAUAAAACGCCAACGAUAACCGAUCUGCGGUACAUGAUACCGGCGAGCGCUUCCGUUAGUGCUGAAGCGUCCUCGACCGGGUGCAGCGGUGUGAACAGUGCCAGCUUGCUGAUCCGAAGUCAGGAGCGCGACGGUGCGGGUGGUUCGGUGGGCAGCGAUAAUAAGGGUGGUGGCAGCCCGGCCGGAUUGAUCCCGCGCGGUGGCCCCGAACUGCCGGCCAUGUCGGGCGCCGGUAUCUACGGAGCGAUGAGCUACAACACGAUGCACUCGAAUGAUACAAACCACCUAACCGACGUCCGAAGGACGAACUAG